AUGGUAGCGUUACGAUGGGGCGGCCUCGCCGCCCGCGCCCUGCACCUGGCGUCUCCUCUACAGAGCCACCAGUCGGACGCCUCUCCCUACUCUGGAGACUCGCAGCUCGCAGCUCAGGCGCUCCAAGGCUGCCUCAACGUAUCCGGGGUCAUUGCCAACACGUUCCAGAACGCCCAGCGCGUGUCCGCCUCGGCGCGGAAGACUCUUUCUGCCACGGGUAUGCCCACGUCGAGGUACACUCUCACAUUUGCGCAGAAGCGGGGCUUCCCCCAGUUCAUCAAUGACUACUACGACGAUGAGGGCUGGUGGGCGCUCGGACUUAUCAGGUCGUGGGAUGUGGCUCACGAGCAGGCCUACCUUGAUGCGGCCGAUCACAUCUUCCAGGACAUGCAGAACGGCACGGACGCUACCUGCGGCGGCGGCAUUUGGUGGAACAAGGAUCGGAAUUACAAAAACGCCAUCGCCAACGAGCUGUAUCUCAGUGUGGCGGCCAGCCUGGCCAACCGCCUCCCAAGCAAGAAGCAGCAGUACACACAGAUUGCCAAGGAUCAGUGGACGUGGUUCAAGAACAGCGGCAUGAUCAACAGCAACAACCUCAUCAACGACGGCCUGACGAUCAACGCCGACGGAACCUGCGUCAACAAUGGGAUGACGACGUGGUCGUACAACCAGGGCGUCGUUCUGGGCGGCCUCGUCGAGCUGGCCAAGGCCACCGGGGACUCAUCGUACCUCGGCGAGGCCACCACGAUCGCGAAGGCAGCCGUGGCGUUCCUCAGCGACAGCAACGGCAUCAUCCACGAGGCCAACAACUGCGAGCCCAACUGCGGCGGGGACGGCAGCCAGUUCAAGGGCAUCUUCGUGCGCAACCUGCACUAUCUGCAGCAGGCGGCGCCGCAGGACGCGUUCCGCACGGCCAUCCAGAAGAAUGCCGACUCGAUCUGGGCCAACGACCGCAACGCGCAGAACCAGCUGGGCAUCGCCUGGACGGGGCCGGCGAGCGCGGGCGGCGGGCCGAAUGCCUCGACGCAUAGCUCGGCCAUGGACGUGAUUGUGGCGGCGCUGGCGGUGGUCUAA